UAUGGUCGUGGCGUUUGUAUUGGGUUGGCAGCCGAAUAUCGGUUGACAUUACGGCGUCCUUGUGUAGAUGAGUGUUCAGUUGACUGGACAGUCGUAUAGCUUGUUGCCGACCGCUUAUUGAAUAAAAUUUGUGCUUACAAAACAAAGAUGGUGACCAAAGAACGGCAAAUAUUAACCGACUUCAUAGAACUAUAUCAUGAUUUCCCGUGUUUGUGGAAUUCGGAAUUGGAUUCGUACAAGAAUAGAAAUGAAAGAAAUAUGGCAUGGGAGUUGUUGGCGGAUAAAUUGAAAGAAUUGGAACCGAAGGCGAGUGUUGCCACAGCGAAGAAAAAAAUAGAACAUUUGCGUACUGCGUUCAGACGGGAAUAUAGAAAAGUCGUAAAAUCAAAACGUGGUCUCGGUUCAGUGCACGUACCCAGUUUGUGGUAUUAUAAAUUGAUAAGCUUCAUUAGGUUGAACCGUAAGAAGCCCACGACGGAAAAUGACUCGAUAGAAAGUGAUGAAAUUUCGGAUGAGGAGAGCUCUGAAAAAAGCGAAGACGAUAGCCCCGAUAAAAGCACCAGCAGCAAAAGACUCAAAGCUGACAACGACAAUGGUGGCCUGCAAACAAAUAGACGGAAACUGCUCAAUGUCGUAGAGAAAAUUUUAGAACAAACUAAGGAUCCACUAAAUCCCUUCGGCGUUUAUGUUGGAGAACAAUUAUUAGAAAUGAAUAAUUUUCAACGGCAAGUAGCUGAAAAGUUGAUAUCCGAUGUGAUAUUCCUUGCGAAAUCAGAAGCCCUUGGUUUUGAUUCUAAAGUGAAAGUUACGAAUCCUGAUACAGAGAAUGCUCCAUCUCCAUACGUGCCUUCUUCACCGGAUGAUGUUAAGCCGGCAAUGUCUCCAGAAUUUGUACAGCCACAGUCUGCAGAAAGCAGCCGGUCUUCAUCUCCAGCUCAGUACAUUAAACUAUCACUCUCCCCCGAGCCAAAUUCACCACCUGCAUCACCACACAAAGUUGACACAUCACCUGUAAUGGAAAAAGCGUUCUCGUCCGACAUCACCCAAGAAUCUUCAGCCAAAAAUGAUAAUGAGAAAACAUCUUUGAGCCAAGUUAUUUGGUCGUCGCCUUCAACGAAAAUUAUUCAAACUUCAACGACAUAUAAAAAGAUAAGAUUAUCGCCAAGACCUCAGAGUUUUCAGACGUCUCCUGUUAAAUCUGGAAAUAUCCCGAAAAUAGUUCUGUCAGCUUCGUCGCUAAAAAAAAUACGACUAUCGACAAAUAACGUUCCAACUUCAAGCACAAACACUAUUUUGUUAUCCCCCUGGGACUAGAAUUACGCCGUCAUAUAUAAAUAUAUGCAAUAAUGAAAUCAUGCUCUGGAAAAACUGACCGCAAGCAAGUAAUUGAAAGCGCCGAUACCAGAACAAAUAUUUCUUAUAUGUGAUAAUUAUGAUAUUAUAAUUCUACCUAUGUUAAAA